GAAUGGAAGAUUUUUUUAAAAAUCUAAAAAGUAAAUUGUCGAUCGAAAACGUCAUCGAGCUCGUCGAGGACGGCAAAGUUAUUGAUGAAGAUCACUUAAAAGAAAACAUAAAAUGUGAUGUUGAACAUGUUGAUCCCAAUAAUUUUAAAGUUACAACAAAAUUAAGCGAUAUUAGACUCGAAGCUCAGCAAGAGGCGACUUCUUCAGAUAACAGCAAAAUCAAAGAAUCUGAUUCCACCAAAUCCACUUUAAAGGCAGAAAACUCUAAUCAGAUUCAACAAGAUAAUCAAAAACGCCGCAACACGGACCUUAAUUUCUUUUUUUAGUAAUUAUUAAAUCUCGA